UGCCGGCGCCUGCGCAGUCGCGGCCAUGAAGGUGGCGGUGGCGGGCUGCUGCCAUGGCGCCCUGGACAAGAUGUACGAGACGCUGGAGUUGCUGCAGCGGCGCCACCGCCUGCGCCUCGACCUGCUGCUCUGCUGCGGCGACUUCCAGGCCGUGCGCAACGAGGCCGACCUGCGCUGCAUGGCUGUGCCCGCUAAGUACCGCCACAUGCAGGCCUUCCACCGCAGGUACUACUCUGGGGAGAAGAAGGCACCAGUGCUCACCAUCUUCAUCGGUGGCAACCACGAGGCCUCCAACCACCUGCAGGAGCUGCCCUACGGUGGAUGGGUGGCGCCCAGCAUCUAUUACCUAGGUUAUGCAGGUGUAGUGAAGUAUCGUGGUGUAAGAAUUGGUGGAAUUUCUGGCAUUUUCAAAUCCCAUGAUUAUAGAAAAGGACAUUUUGAGUGUCCGCCAUACAAUCGACAAACAAUAAGAAGUGCGUACCAUGUGAGGAACAUUGAAGUCUUCAAACUCAAACAGCUAAAGCAGCCAAUGGAUAUAUUUAUGUCUCAUGAUUGGCCAAGAAGUAUAUAUCACUUUGGAAACAAGAAACAGCUUCUCAAAAAGAAAUCCUUCUUCCGCCAAGAAGUGGAAAGCAACACAUUGGGGAGCCCUGCUGCUUCUGAGCUCCUGCAGCAUCUGAAACCCACCUACUGGUUCUCAGCACAUCUGCAUGUUAAAUUUGCAGCCUUAAUGCAGCACCAGAUGGACACUAAAGAACAGCUGCCAAAAGCAACGAAAUUCUUGGCCCUGGAUAAAUGUCUGCCGCACAGAGAUUUUCUGCAGAUAAUAGACAUAGACCACGACCCCAAUGCAUCAGACUCUCUGGAAUAUGAUCCUGAGUGGCUUGCUGUUCUCAAGGCAACCAACGAUCUCAUUAAUGUAACUCAGAACUCAUGGAAUAUGCCGGAAAACAAUGGCCUCCAUGCAAAGUGGGAUUACAGUGCAACAGAAGAAGCUAUCAAAGAGGUAUUGGAAGAGGUGAACCAUAAUCUCAAAAUUCCUGUUAACUUCUCUCUGACAGCUGCUUGUUAUGAUCCCAAUAAACCUCAGAGACACCUAGAACCAGUUCAUGUUAUCAGUCCUCAGACCACUGAAUUUUGUGCCCAGUUUGGCCUCAUUGACAUUAACAACAAGAUCCAGCAAGCGAAAGAAGAAGGUUCUGUUCGUGGGGAAUAUGAGGAGGAGGAGGAGGAGGAAGAGAUAGACAGUACUGGGUCAGCAGAAGAACCCAGUGAAUAUAAUACAGAUAGUUCUGGGUUGUCUUUGUCCAUUAACCCAGAUGAAAUAAUGCUGGAUGAAGAGGGUGGAGAUGAAGAGCUGAGCACAUGUUCUGUGGAUCCUUCACCUGAUCACCCUCCUGACUUUUCUGCAAGCUUUUCUGACAUCAGAAUCAUGCCAGAUUCCAUGAUGGUAUCAUCUGAUGAUGCAAUGGAUUCCACCAGUGAGGAACUGGAGAAAUCUGGUGGGAGUAAGCAGACAGAAGAGAAGAGUUUAAAUGAGAGAUCCUUAAAGCGUAUUGGCAAAAAUGAGAAUGGCAACAGUGGCGUGAAGAAAAUUAAGAGGCGGAAUCAAGCUAUCUAUGCUGCAGAGGAAGAAGAUAAAGUAGAAUGAAAACUUGAGCAUUACACUUCUUAACUUUCCAUGCUGACCCUACCUCCUUGGUGGUGUACAGGCUAUCAUGAACUUCUAAUGCUUUUAAAAUUAAGUGUUUGAAUUGAUCCAUGCAAUGGAAUAAGACUGUAUAGUUAAUUACAGAGACUUCUGUGGGGAAGGACUAUCUAUUUAGUUAAGUAAAUGUCUAAGCAGGAAGCAGAGCUUUUUGAGGAGUCUUCAAGUUUAGGCAUAAGCAGUUGGCUUUUGCUUCAGCUUUUGAGAAUUAACUCAUUUACAUUCUGCUGUGCCUCUGUGUCAGGUUUAUAAUACUUGGUUAACAUGAACAUUUCCUUAAGUUUUAUAAUUCGGGUGGGGGAGAGGAUCAGAGUUUGGGAUGAUGCAGUUGCAUUAGCUUUAUUGCUUUCUUGCAGUUUGUCACCUUCGUACCAAUUAGUUAUUGCAGACGGUUAUCGCAGUGUGGUUAGAGCAGUAUUCCCAAGAUAGAAGCAGCAAGAGAAGAAAGUAGUAAUGGUUUUGUCUCUGCAGGUACUGGUCAUGCAGUGGGAAAUCCUGGUAAUCAGUGUUUUUAAGCAAACAUUAUGAAUGUCUGCUCUUGAGUUGUCUAAUUCAGUGGUGCUUAACCUUUUUGUCUGGCAGGCCGGAUGGGUAAUGAUGAGUUCUUUCAUGGGCUGAAUCUGGCAGUGGAUCCAAUCCUGUACCUGGGGCAGGUGCAGUGGGGAGCCCCUUCUAGCUGUGCAGAGUGGGGUAGGGAGCAGCUUGGUCCUAAUCCAGCCAUGCCAGGGAAGGGGGUAUGGCCCAGCAACAACCUAGGGGGUGUGUGUGUGUGGGGGUGCAAAUCCAGCCUUAAUCGGGGAGGGGGCAUGGCUCAACCCCACAGGAGGAAGGGGACAUGUCGCAGCCUUGUGGAGGGGGAAGGAGCGUGGGGGUGGGCUUGGCCAAGUGGUGAGGGGUGGGAUGUGGCUUGGCCCAGACUUGGCUGUGCAGAGGGAAAGUGGCAUGGUCCAGACCCAUGGAGGGGUGGGGGAGGAGAAGGGGAUAUGGGCUGGCUCCAGUGGGAAGGUGCUAUGGUGUGGCUGUGUAGAGCAAGGGUUGUGGCCUGUCUGCAACCCACUGAGCAGGGCUUGGGAUUUUGGCAGUGCGGAUGGGUGUUGAUAUUACCUGCCACUGCUCCCCCACUGCCAAAUGUCCUGAUCUGUGGGGAGCUCCACAUGGCAGAGGUUGAGUGCCAUUGGUGUAAUUGUCAUUUGUAAUUAGUUUUGACAUACUAAAAAGUAUUCAUGUUGUGGACAUUAAGCAUCAUGACUGAAGGCUGUAGUACCAUGGAGGAGCAUGCAUUUAUUUUCUAAUAGAAGCUGUCUAUUUUGUGCCUCUGUCUCUCCUAAAAGUUCAGAAUAGUAGUUAAUAAUUAAAUUAUUAAAAAGCCCUGGAUUUCUGUAUUUAUAUCACUGCCUUAGAAAUGCUCUGUGUGAAUUGCCUAAUCAUGGUAGGUGGUCAUGUUUGAUUUCAGUGGAAGGGGCUAGAGCUUAUAAACUUAAAGGUAGGACUGGUGGUAGUGCCUAUAUUUUUAUUGCUACCUGACAAUGUUUCCAAGAAGGCCUGAUUUUUUUGAGUUGCUGAAAUUUGCCAGAAUUUAGGAACUUAAGAAAUGACAUGUGCACAUGCACAUCCUUCAAAAGAAUGCUAAAGUUUCAAAGUCAAGUACCCAUAAGUUAGGAAAUGCCAAAACUAAGGUGGUCUGUAUAAUUUUAAUGGUGUCCUUGUGUUUGUGCGUUAGGGUAAUUCUAGAGUUAUAUGAUCACACUUUUUAAAAAAAUAUUAAACUCUGCCUUAUUCAGUGCAGAGGGGCAACAUGCUAAAGAGUUAAUUCUUCUCUGUUUUGUUUUAUCCUCAUUCAGUUUGUUCCCAUGCCCUGUUUACUGCAAAUCAUUCGCACCUCUCUCUCACUACAAAGCUAGCUUCUUUAAGAGAGUCCUCAUCACCUUAGCAAAGGAGUGUUUCACAAACCAUUAAUUGUUCUUCAGUCAUGUUCUUGGAUAAAGUGAUGUCCCCCUUCUGUGGAUGACAAUCUUCGCAACAGAUUCAUUGAAGUCCAUGUAGAAGCUAACUCGAGGUCCUCAAUUUGCACCUCAUUUGGAUUUGAUUUUUUUUUAAUGGACAUGGGCACUGCUUGAAGGCAAUGGGUGCUGUUCUUUGAAAAGAGAUCUGUGCAGCAUGUGGCAAAUCAGACUCUAGUCUUGGGUUGUGCAUUCAAGUGAAAGAACACAGGUAAUAGUUACCUGUGGAAAAUGAGUGAUCAAUUGCCCACUACCACAUGGGGAAUUGCAUGGCAGGGAGCCAGGGAUUACUACAGUUCUCCAGGGUGGCAGUCAGUUGCUUUUAUAUACGAAGCCAUGCUUGCAGUUUCUCCCAUCUUAUUUACUAUAAGCUUUGCAUUCAAAUGGGGAAGGGCAUCCUACUAACAUCUGCCUUUUUAAUGUUCAACCCUGAUUGGCUUCCUGAGUACUGUCCUUUCUGGGUACCAACUGAAUCAGAACUCCAGUAGAAUAGAAUGUGUGAUAAUGCGAUUUAACCUUAAUAUUUGGGUUUACAAACUUGAGUACUUGACUUAAAAUCUUUACUACUAGUUUUAA